AUGUUAGGUCGAUAUUAUUUUGAAAUAACUCAAACAGAUCCUAAUGGCAUUACACGUAUUGGUUGGUCAGUACCAACAGCAUCACUCGAUCUUGGAACUGAUAAUCAAGGUUUUGGUUAUGGUGGUACAGGAAAAAAAUCAUUUUCAAAACAAUUUGAUGAUUAUGGUGAAACAUAUGGUGUUAAUGAUGUUGUCGGAAGUUUAAUUGAUCUUGAUCAAAUGAAAAUUCGAUUUUUUAAAAAUGGCAAAGAUCUUGGUCAUGCAUUUGAUAUUCCUCGUCCAUUACAAGAAAAUACAUUUUUCGCACAUGUUUGUUUGAAAUCAUGUGAUGUUCGAGUAAAUUUUGGUGAAGAACCAUUUAGAGCAACACCAACUGGUGCUGUAUCAAUUGAUAAUGCACCAAAAGAAUGUUUAGUUGAAUCUCAGGUAACAGGUAUUGGUGCUAAUGUAACAGCGAGGCAACGUCCAUCAAAUGCACCAUUAGCAAUUAUUAUGGAGCCAUCUCGAGAAUUAGCUCAGCAAACUUCAAAUCAAAUUCAAGUUUUUCAAAAAUAUAUGAAUAACCCUCGAGUUCGAGAACUCGUCAUUAUUGGUGGUGUAGCUAUUGGUGAACAAACACGUGUAUUACGUGAAGGUGUCGAUAUAAUUGUUGCUACGCCAGGUCGUCUAGAUGAAUUAAUCAGUGGUGGUGAAAUCGAUUUAAAACAUAUGCGAUUUUUUAUUCUUGAUGAAGCUGAUGGUUUAUUAUCUCAAGGAUAUAAAGAUUUAAUAAUGAAAUUACAUCAAAAGAUACCUAAUGUUACACUAGACGGAAAGCGUUUACAAAUGAUUGUUUGUUCGGCAACAUUACAUAAUUUUGAAGUUAAAAAAUUGGCUGAUUCAAUUAUGCAUUUUCCAACAUGGGUUGAUCUUAAAGGACAAGAUGCUGUGCCAGAAACUGUUCAUCAUGUGGUAUGUUUGGUUGAUCCAAAGAAAAAUACAUUAUGGCGUGGAUUACGUAAUCAUAUAAAAACUGAUGAUGUUCAUCUAAAUGAUGAAUUAAAUUUUCAAAGUGAAUCAAAAGAAACUCUUUCUGAAGCAAUAAAAAUUCUGAAAGGUGAAUAUUGUUUACAUGCUAUUGAUAAAUUUAAAAUGGAUCGUGCAUUGAUAUUUUGUCGAACAAAACUUGAUUGUGAUAAUCUUGAACGAUAUUUUAUUAAACAAGGCGGUGGACCAAGAGCGAAUAAACAUAGAUUAUCAUGUGUAUGUUUACAUUCGGAUCGAGGUCCAGAUGAAAGACAACAAAAUUUAGAAAGAUUUAAAGCUAAUGAAGUUAGAUUUUUAAUAUGUACUGAUGUGGCUGCUCGAGGUAUUGAUGUUAGUGGACUACCAUUUGUUAUUAAUAUGACAUUACCUGAUGAAAAAGAAAAUUAUAUUCAUCGAAUUGGACGUGUUGGACGAGCAGAACGAAUGGGUUUAGCAAUAAGUUUUGUUUCGACUGUACCAGAAAAAGUCUGGUAUCAUACAUGCCCAAGUAAAGGUAAACAUUGUCAUAAUACAAAAUUAGUUGAACAAAAUGGUUGUUGUAAAUGGUAUACUGAAAUGACUUAUUUAGCUGAUAUUGAAGAACAUCUUGGUGUAACGAUUUCUCAAACAGAUGAAAAAAUGGCUAUACCAGUUGAUGAAUUCGAUGGGAAAGUUAUUUAUGGUGAAAAACGAAAACAAGCAGUACCGGCAUCUAAAGGUCAUGUCGAUACAUUAGCACCAACCGUACAAGAAUUAGUUGAACUUGAAAAACGUGUUCAAACAUCAUUUUUUGCAUUACGUAAUUGUCGAAAUAUAAUGGCUACUCCAUAA